AUGUCCCAGGCAAACGAUAUUCAGCGGUCACUCCUGCGGCCCGCGAUCAUUCAUACGCUUCGCGCUGCCGGAUUUCACAGCACAAAACCCUCCGUUCUGGAUACCUUGGUCGACAUCACCGAGCGCCAUUUCAUUCUGCUCGCCUCCACUGCCGCACAACACGCGUGGUCAUCGCACAAUGAUCCGGUGCCGACCAUUACAGAUGUGCGAAUGGCCCUGUCAGACUGCGGUGUACUCAUCYCAUACAUCGAUGCAUCGGAGGAAUCGUGGAAGGAACGGAUGCGCAAACCAUUGAAAGAAGUUGCCGAUGUGCCACAGGGCGGCAAAGGUCGACUUGCAGCAGAGAAGCGUAAGCGGGAUGAGGAGGAUACCAAGGAUGUUCGACAAUUCACCAACUGGUACAAUUCAUCUCAAUAUCGGGAGAUCAAAAGGGUGGCGGGAAUAAUCCCCGACGAGGGCAUUGCGCGCAUGGGAGUGGGUGGUCAGAUGAUGCAGGGCGAUGACUUCUUUACUUCAUUGAAAAAGAAGCUCAGCAAGGCGGCGGACGAUGCGAGAUUACAAGGAACUGUAUUGGGUCGGCCUGCGGAUGGCAGAGAGGUUGUUAUCGAGGGAGGCCCGGUGCAACAUCUCAAAGACUGGAGACCGAAGUCCGAGGAUCGAAUUACCAAUCCGGCUUCUCUCGUGAACAACUCUGAUUCAAGUCUGAGUACUCCGGGAGAGACAGCGGAGGCCGAGAUGACAGACAUCAAUGCAGAUGGGGAUGGAUUGCAGGCGGCUGACCCAGUAAGCUGA